GACUCUAACAGAUAAAGUGAUGGACAUGUUUUUGUUGCUGUAGGAGCAUAAGUCCAGGUUAUCAUUUCAAACCAAACAUCAAACAUCAGCAACAACUGAAAACGUUCGCAUACCAUCUGCAGUUCAAUGAUGGCCCAGAAUCAACAUUUGAAUAAGACAACAGAGGCACAACCUUCAGAGAAAAAGAAAACUAGAUGGUGUGAUGGAUUCAAGAUGUUCUUGGCAGCCCUGUCAUUAAGCUUUAUUUCUAAGGCACUAAGUGCAGUCCUUAUGAAAAGUUCCCUCACUCAGAUAGAAAGGAGAUUUGAUAUAUCAUCUUCUACUGUUGGCUUAAUUGAUGGAAGCUUUGAAAUUGGAAAUUUGCUUGUGAUUGUAUUUGUGAGUUACUUUGGUGCCAAACUUCACAGACCGAAGCUAAUUGGAAUUGGUUGCUUCAUAAUGGGACUUGGAAGUAUUUUGACUGCUUUACCGCACUUCUUCAUGGGAUAUUACAGGUAUUCUAAAGACACCUUUAUUAGUCCAUUAGAGAAUUCAACAUCAGGCUUAUCAACUUGUUCAAAUAAUCAAAAUUUGUUACUCAAUGGAACAUCACCAGAAAUGGUGGGAAAAGGUUGGGAAAAGGAAUCUGGGUCAUAUAUGUGGAUAUAUGUUUUAAUGGGUAAUAUGCUUCGUGGAAUUGGGGAAACUCCCAUUAUGCCCUUGGGGAUUUCUUACCUUGACGAUUUUGCUAAGGAAGGACAUUCGUCUUUUUAUUUAGGUAAUUUGUAUGCAGUAGGAAUGAUUGGUCCGAUCCUUGGCUUUUCACUGGGAUCUCUGUUUUCUAAAAUGUAUGUGGAUAUUGGAUUCGUAGAUCUUAGCACUAUCAGAAUAACUCCCAAGGACUCUCGUUGGGUUGGUGCUUGGUGGCUUGGUUUCCUUGUGGCUGGACUGAUAUCCAUUAUUUCUUCCAUACCAUUCUUUUUCUUGCCCAAAAGUCUGGAUAAACCACAAAAAGAAAGAAAAGCUUCAGUACCUUUGCCUGUGCAAAAGGAGGAAAGGAGUCAAAUGGUUAAUUUGACCAAGGAUAGACAAAAUGUUACCAAAACUGUAAAUGGUUUUAUCCAGUCCUUGAAAAGCAUCCUUACCAAUCCCCUGUAUGUUAUAACAUUAUUUUUGACACUGAUACAAGUCAGCAGCUAUAUUGGUUCCUUUACUUAUGUCUUUAAAUAUGUAGAACAACAGUAUGGUCAGUCAGCAUCUGAGACAAACAUUUUAUUUGGAUUCAUAACCAUACCAACUUUUGCAACUGGAAUAUUUUCAGGAGGAUAUAUUGUUAGAAAAUUCAAAUUGACCUUGGUUGGAAUUGCCAAAUUGUCAUUUUAUACCAGUGCAUUGGCCUUCCUAUUUCAUCUAUUAAAUUUUGCGCUAAUCUGUGAAAACAAAUCAGUUGCUGGCUUAACCUUGACCUAUGAUGGAAACAAUCCCCUGUCAUCUCAUAUAAAUGCACCACUUUCUUAUUGCAACUCAGACUGCAACUGUGAUAAAAGUCAAUGGGAACCAGUCUGUGCAGACAAUGGAAUAACUUACCUAUCACCUUGUUUAGCAGGAUGCAAAUCUUCAAGUGGCAGUAAAAAGUCUAUGGUGUUUCAUAACUGUAGUUGUGUGGAAGUAAAUGAUUUCCAGACCAGAAAUAACUCGGUGAAGUUGGGCGAAUGCCCAAGAAAUGAUCAAUGUAGAAGAAAAUUUUAUAUUUAUAUAGUAGUGCAAAUAUUAAUUAUUUUUUCCUCUUCAUUGGGAACCAUCUCAAAUAUGAUGCUGAUUUUCAAAAAUGUUCAACCUGAAAUGAAAUCUCUUGCUGUGGGUUUCCAUUCACUAACUAUUCGAACACUAGGAGGAAUUCCAGCUCCUAUAUAUUUUGGGGCUUUGAUUGACAGAACUUGUAUGAAGUGGUCCAUCAAUAACUCUGGAAAACAAGGAUCUUGUAGGAUAUAUAAUUCCACAUUAUAUGGCAAUACCUUCUUUGGCUUGAGUACAUGCUUAAAACUCCCAGCCCUUGUUUUAUAUGUUGUAUUAAUUUCUGCUAUGAAGAAAAAAUAUCAAGGAAAAGAUAACAAGGCAUCAGAAAAUGAAAUAAAAGCCAUGAAUGAAGCAAACUUAGAGCCAAUAAGAGGUGAUGACAGAGUGGACCGGGAAACACAUAUUUAAGGGGAGAAAAAAAAAUUUCUUCUGCUGUUGUGUUUUCAACUCACCUUGCAUUAAUUGAGUAGGAUGUUAUUUUUGAGUAGUUCCUGGUCCUUUCACUGGCAAUUUCCAUAUUCUUUACUAAUGAUGGAAUAAUGAAUCGCAUACAAAUCUAUGACAAUGAAACACACUAUAAAUGGGAAAGGGGAGUACUCAUAAGGUGUGGCUAGCACUUGCGGUUAAGAUUAGAAUAUAAGAUCCAUACAAAUUUAAGGUGAAAAGUAUGGUGAAUAAGUAAUAGGAGAAAAAGUAUUUGCUCAGGUAACUGUAACACAAUGAAACCAGUGACUAGAAAGCAGGUAGAAGUGAAAAGGGAAUAGAGAAAUUAAUAGUCUAAAUAAGGAGAAAAACUUGAUACCUUUUUCUUUUAAAACCAGAUUGGACCAUAUUACUCCAGACUAAAGUCUACUAUGAUAGAAGGUUUAUGUGAU